CUUUCGGCCCCCGAGCACUCUGGGAGUUGUGGUUUCCCUCCUCUAAGACCCGCUGUUUUUCUUAAAAAGAAAAGAAAAGUCCUGUCUUUUUAGAUGUACUCAUUUUUUAGUUUUUUUUGCGUAUGAUUGUUUUGCUUACACGUAUGUAUGUGCACAUAUGAUGCCUGGUCCACGAGGAGGCACGAUACCUGUUGCUGUUGAGAUGGAGCAGCACACUAGUAAUCCGACUAAGGACAAAGCCAAAGAGGAAGAUAAUGAUGCUGUGUGUCUUUGUCCAGCAAAACCCUCCCCCAGUUAUAUUAAUCUUCAAGCAAAUUCCCUGCCAGCCACUUUCUUGAACAUCCAGACAACAAAACUGCCUUCAGGAGCUGGCCAGAAGCCCAAGGAAUGCCUAGGACUCCUAGAAUGUAUGUCUGCCAACCUCCAGCUUCAGACCCAGCUUGCCCAACAACAGAUGGCUAUUUUAGAAAACUUGGAAGCAUCCCUAUCACAACUGGGUCCCGGGAGGGAAAGCAACAAUGGUUCUUUCCCAGCCUUAUGUUAUAAUCUGUUGUUAAAUCACCUGCCCCAGUUCCAUAAAUGAACUGUGGAACACA